AGAAAACCGCUCGCGCCUCACUCAUCCGUGGUCAAAGAGAGAAAGCGUGGGGAAGAAAUACACUUAGACCAAGGAAUCGUGUGGGUAGAGGCAGCACACUGCAUUAUCCACAAAGGAACUUGUAACGCAAAGAUAGCGCUUUUCAAACAAUUAUUUCCGCCAGUUUGAUUUUUUAUUGAAAAGCGCCCAUAUUCAUCGCUGGACGUUUUGCAAAACUUGGAAAACCUACCCGUUCUGAAGAGAAGACUAUUGCAUAACGAGGUCUGAAGUGAACCUGUCUCUGACUUGUCCUCAAGACUCCACACAAAAGGUGUGUAGUUGGUGAGAAGCCAGCUGGCUGGCCCUGGAGACACUACUUCACUACGAUGUAGAGUCCAGAAGAGAGGCAACGAGAGAGAAAGACGAAAGCGAGUGUGUAUGAAAAACAGACACUCCAGCUGCAAUACUCUAGCACACUACGCACAAGACGGGAUAUAGAGAGAGAGUAACUGAAAGCGGGUGAGUAAGACAGUGGCAAGGACGGAAAGUAAUAUCGGAUGACAGAGCAGAAAGAAGGAACAGGAACAACAGCAGUGCCAGAACGACACCAGGAGGAGAUAAGAACAGAGAAAGAGAGGGAUACUGUGAAUCAUUGACCUCAGGCCCUGCCUCCAAACCAGCCUCUCCCGCCCUCCUCCCUCCUCCUUCCUCCUUUCCCUGCGCUGGAACUGUUCACUCUCUCCCACACCUUUGUCACAACAGGACCACAUCCUUUGCUCUCUCCCUCUAUCCUUUUCCCUCUUCCUGAAGACCCUGAGGACCUGAACCUUCACCUUUGACCCCACCUGUGUGACCCCUGGAUGACAUUCCACCGCUCCUGGUAUCAACCCCAUCGAACUCAACUGAACAUAAUUGUUCCUUCAGAGAGGAACAGACAACACCAGGAACACUUCAGAACCACUGCAAACGUCAUCAUCACCAUGUGUCACGUGAUCGUAACCUGUCGCUCCAUGCUGUGGACUCUACUCAGCAUCGUGGCCGCCUUCGGCGAGCUCAUCGCCUUUAUGAGCACCGAUUGGCUGGUGGGCUUCCCCCGGACACCGGACGCCGUCUUUGGCCCUCACGGUGCCACUGCAGCCGGCGAGGCCUACCGGCCCACCCUGGGCAUCUACGGCCGCUGCAUCAAGCUGCCCCACCUGCAGCGCGGCGUGCUGUGCGGGCCGUACGCCGUGCACUUUGGGGAGAUUGCCAGCGGGUUCUGGCAGGCGGCGUCCAUCUUUCUGGCUGCGGGGAUCCUGCUGCUGUGUGCCGUGGCCUUCAUCUCCGUCUUCACCAUGUGCUUCCAGAGCAUCAUGAAGAAGAGCAUCUUCAACGUGUGUGGACUGCUGCAGGCCAUCGCAGGUCUGUUUCUGAUCCUGGGUCUGAUGCUAUACCCUGCAGGCUGGGGUUCAGACAAGGUGCAGCUGUACUGUGGUCAGGACGCGGCUCCCUACCGGUCGGGGCUGUGCACCAUGGGCUGGGCCUUCUACACAGCCAUGGGGGGCACCGUGCUCACCUUCGUCUGCGCUGUGUUCUCCGCCCAGGCCGAGAUCGCCACGUCCUCAGACAAGGUGCAGGAGGAGAUCGAGGAGGGCAAGAGCCUUAUCUGCCUGCUCUGAGACUGACCAGGAGGAGAGGGGGAGGAGAAGAAGAAGAGGAAUGUCAAGUCCGACCCCCCUCUUCUCCCCUCUGUCAAUCUAACGGAGCCCCCCCCCCAUAUUGUUUACCACUAAGACUGACUCUCUGACCUUUGACCCUGUAUUGUUGUUAUUGUUGAUUUGGGAGAAAUCUACAGUGCCAAGCUUUUCACAAAUGUGUUUCAGUGUAUUUCCUCUCUCCGCCACCAGAGGUGCUGUCUGUCUGUGUUCUGUGUGUUAUUAUUUUUAAUGUGUGCCAGUACCAGCUACCCUGACACCAGUAUGUUUGUAUUGUAAAUAAACUGUACAUAGUGAUGAUGAUGAUGAUGAUGAUGAUGAUCUGAGAAUGGUGGUCCUCUCAGCUCUGUCCAGGCUGUGUUUUAAAUGAUGUCACUCUUGCCUUGAAUCCUGGUGUGAUGAUGUCACCACCUAAAGACCAGCCUACCUGGUGCUAGUCUUCUGUUAUAACUUAAAACGCCAGGUAGAAGUUGCCCCUGACCACAGAUCUAGGAUAAGAUUUCCCAACCCCAAAUCAUAACCUGAACCUAAUGGGGAGGAUCAAAUAAUAUCUGACCCUGGACCAGCGGUUAGAGGUAACUUCUACCAGCGCCAACUUAAGCCAGGUGUGAGUAACUUUACAAGGGAACCACUACUCGGUCAAGUAAACUACUCGCAGACAUGGCCUUAGUUUAGCAUGGAAUCAGGAUGUCCUUAAAGCUUUCAGAAUGUACUGUCAAUUGAAAUGACCAAUGUAUGUCUUCUUGGACCCAUGAAAUGUAUUGAUGUGACACCUACACCAGCCAUGGUUCACACGGACUGCAUGAGCUUGCUAAGAGAGAGCUGUGGUGUGUGUGUUUGUUAUUGUGUGUGAGAGACUGUGCUUGGUUUGUUUUUCAAAUAUUGAGGUGAUUUUGCCUGGACCCCCACCUCUGAUGACCGUAGCCUGGUCUCGUUGAGGUCCUCCUCAGCCGACUCCCUAUAAUCUAUGGACAAAGACUUGGAUAACAACACACACAAGUAUUCAUAUGAGUGUCUUGUUUCAGGGAAAACUCUUAUUCCUGCGACACCAAGGGAGGACUGUUAUUCCUGCAACACCAGCCACAGCGCUGGUGAGAAACUGUUGAAACGUGCUGUUGCAUCGUCAUCCCACUUUCCCAGCUCCUCAGUCUGUCUCUGCCAAACCAAUAAAAACAGAAAGAAAAAGA